AUGGGGUCACCGGGGACGGCCGCGAAGGGGCUGGGGCUCUGCGGGGUGCGGGUGCGGAGGGAGGCAGCGGACGCGGCUCGGUGGACGCCGUGGCUCAGGUGGACGCUGCGGCUCGGUGGACGCUGCGGCUCGGUGGACGCUGCGGCUCGGGCGGACGCUGCGGCUCGGGCGGACGCCGUGGCUCAGGUGGACACCGUGGCUCAGGUGGACGCCGUGGCUCGGUGGAUGCCGUGGUUCAGACUGGAGCCGUGGUGGGACCCAUCACCCCGCUGCCAUGCUGGUCCGUCCCCCGUGCUGCAUCCCCGGGAGGAGCUGCUGGCUGCACGGGUGGCUGAAGCUGCCAGGGCUGCCAUCACCCGUGCCGUAAUAUGGGUCCUCCUCUCCCCAGGCUCGGAAGAGCGGCCGAUCCUCAAAUUUGAAGCAGAAAACAUCUCCAACUACACAGCCCUUCUGCUCAGCCAGGACGGGGCGACGCUGUACGUGGGCGCCCGGGGUGCCCUCUUUGCGCUCAACAGCAACCUCAGCUUCCUGCCCGGGGGGCCAUACCAGGAGCUGCUGUGGCGCGCAGACGCAGAGAGAAAGCAGCAGUGCAGCUUCAAGGGCAAGGACCCCAAGCGUGACUGUCAGAAUUACAUCAAGAUCCUGCUGCCCCUGAAUCGUACCCACCUGCUCACCUGUGGCACGGCCGCCUUCAGCCCCCUGUGCACCUACAUCAACGUGGCCAACUUCACCCUGGCCCGGGACGCCGUGGGCAACGUGCUUCUGGAGGACGGCAAGGGGCGCUGUCCCUUUGACCCCAAUUUCAAGUCGACGGCCCUGGUGGUGGAUGGAGAGCUGUACACAGGCACCGUGAGCAGCUUCCAGGGCAACGACCCGGCCAUCGCCCGGAGCCAGAGCCCCCGCCCCACCAAGACCGAGAGCUCCCUCAACUGGCUGCAAGACCCAGCCUUCGUAGCCUCAGCCCACAUCCCCGAGAGCCUGGGCAGCCCCCAGGGCGACGACGACAAGAUCUACUUCUUCUUCAGCGAGACUGGCCAGGAGUUCGAGUUCUUCGGGAACACGGUUGUGUCUCGAGUGGCCCGCGUGUGCAAGGGCGAUGAGGGCGGGGAGCGUGUGCUGCAGCAGCGCUGGACCUCCUUCCUGAAGGCGCAGCUGCUGUGCUCGCGGCCGGAGGACGGCUUCCCCUUCAACGUGCUGCAGGACGUGUUCACGCUCCGGCCCGGCGGUGACUGGCGCCGCACGCUCUUCUACGGGGUCUUCACGUCCCAGUGGCACAGGGGGCCCGCGGGGGGCUCGGCCGUGUGCGUGUUCAGCAUGGAGGACGUGCGCAGGGCCUUUGAAGGCCUCUACAAGAAGGUGAACCGGGAGACACAGCAGUGGUACACGGAGACUCACCCAGCACCCACGCCACGGCCCGGCGCGUGUAUCACCAACAGUGCCCGGGAGCGCAAGAUCAACUCCUCCCUGCAGCUGCCAGACCGGGUGCUGAACUUCCUCAAGGACCACUUCCUGAUGGACAGCCAGGUCCGCGGCCGCACGCUGCUGCUGCAGCCUCAGGCCCGCUACCAGCGCGUGGCUGUGCACCGAGUGCCCGGCCUGCACCGCACCUACGACGUCCUCUUCCUGGGCACUGGUGACGGCCGUCUGCACAAGGCGGUGAGCGUGGGCCCGUCCACACACAUCAUCGAGGAGCUCCAGAUCUUCUCUCCAGGACAGCCUGUGCAGAACCUGCUCCUGGACAGCCACAGGGGGCUGCUGUACGCCUCCUCCCACUCGGGCGUGGUCCAGGUGCCUGUGGCCAGCUGCAGCCUCUACCCCACCUGUGGGGACUGCCUCCUCGCCCGAGACCCCUACUGCGCGUGGAGUGGCACCCGCUGCCGGCGUCUCAGCCUGUACCAGCCCGAGCUGGAGUCGCGGCCCUGGGUCCAGGACAUCGAGGGGACCAACGCCAAGGAGCUGUGCAACGUUUCCGUAGCCAGGCCAAGGUCUUUCGGCACAGCAGGCAAGCCAUGCACACGGGUUCAGGUCCAGCCCAACACGGUGAACACCCUGGGCUGCCCGCUCCUCUCCAACCUGGCCACCCGCCUGUGGUUGCACAACGGGGCUCCGGUGGACACCUGCGGCUCGUGCCGCGUGCUGCCCAGCGGGGCCCUGCUGCUGGUGGGCGGCGAGCAGGGGCUGGGCACGUUCCAGUGCUGGGCCCUGGAGGGGGGCGUCCGGCAGCUGGUGGCCAGCUACUGCCCCGAGGUGCCAGAGCACGGGGGCGCGGGGCCGGGCGGCAGGGAGCCCGUGGUGAUCAGCACGUCCCGCGUGAGCGCGCCGGCCGUGGACGCGGCGGGCUGGGGCGCGGCCAGGUCCUACUGGACAGAGUUCCUGGUCAUGUGCGCGCUCUUCGGGCUGGCCGUGGUGCUCCUGGUGCUCUUCUUCCUCCACCGGUACCGGGGCGGCAUGAAAGCCUUCCUGAAGCAGGGGGAGUGUGCCAGCGUGCACCCCAAGAGCCACCCUGCGGCGCUGCCCCCCGAGACCCGGCCGCUCAACGGUGUCGGCCCCCCCAGCCUCCCUCCGGACCACCGGGGCUACCAGGCGCUGUGGGACAGCACCCCCGGGCCCCGGGGCCCCCUCGAGUCAGAGAAAAGGCCCCUGAGCGUGCAGGACAGCUUCGUGGAGGUGUCCCCCGUGUGUCCCCGGCCCCGCGUCCGCCUGGGCUCCGAGAUCCGCGACUCGGUGGUGUGAGCCGGCUUCAGGGGCCCUGGACGCACGGAGGGGCCAGCUGGACCCCAUUCCUCGGGGGCUCCCCAUGGUGCCCCGGGCUUCAGCCCUGCAGCGAGGGCCCCUUGCCACGGCCCUGCUGUCCUGGCCGGAGACGGGGCCGGGACGCUGCUGCUCCCUAAGGAAACUGAGCCCUACAUCUGAAGAGCGGAAAAUGUGAAGCCCGAGCAGGAGCACCAGCUGCUCAGCGCCCUGGCCCAACAGGGCGCCCCGGCCCACACCACCCACCCGGCCUCUUCCGCCUCCCGCCUUACCCGGUGCCCCCCGCACCCGGCCAGGGCCGGGACAGCCGGCCUGCAAGGCGCCAGGGCCCGGCCGGCUCUCCCCAGCACCUCAGGGACCAGAGAGAGGCCCAAGAGCCUCGCCGCCCAGGACCUUUCCAGCCUGUAUCAGGCCGUGGCCACGCGAGGGCAGAGCAGAGCCUGGAGGAGUUCGUGACAUGAACACUUGCCCCCAGGGACCCCUGGGAGCCCGUGUCCCCUUCCCCCCAUCUCCCCACCCGGACACCCCAGCCGCACCUCUCCUUCUGCCCAUCACCCCUCCCCUGUCUCCACUGUAAGGGAUACCGACCGACACUGCCCGCCCCAGAGCCCUCCAUCUGGGUUUUAUAUUUUUUUAAGAUGCACUUUACUUUUUUUUU